GCGAUGAAUUAUUUCGUUUUCAAACAGAAUAAAUUAAAUAAAAAAGAAGAUUAUAAUAAAUAAUAAUAAUUUGAAAAACAGCAAACUCUUCUAUAUAUACAUACAUCCUUCAAUCAUCAUCUGCAUCAUGAUCCUUCCUAUUGUCUUCCUCCUCCAUCUACCACCAAAUAUUGAUUUUUGUUGAGUUCGUUGACUUUGACCCCAUCUUCCCGAGUUUGGCCCAGCCGACCACCAUCCUACCUGGCAUUUGUCAUCCUUAUUAUGCCACGUGGUCCCACCCAACUUCUCGGGCACCAUUAAAAGAUGCCCAAACCCAGAACCAAAUUCUCUCUCUUGUAUUUCUGGAAUCUGAGAAUCACAACACACAGGCCGAGAACCAAAUUCUCUCUCUCUCUCUCUCUCUCACACACACACAGCUAACGAUGCCGUAUUGCGAGGUUGAGUCGCAACAGAGCAGUGUGGAAGCCGAGCUCAACAAUGGAACCAAGCUUUUUUACAGAACCUAUGGUCGUGGGCCGACCAAGGUCCUCCUCAUCAUAGGACUAGCUGCGACCCACGACGCUUGGGGCCCACAAAUCAAGGGAUUGACGGGCACCGAUACGCCCAACGAUGAUUCAAGGAGGGUCGGAGAUUGUCCAGACAAUGAGGCUGAGGCUGAGGCUGGUGGUAUCGAAUUUUGUGCCUUUGAUAAUCGUGGUAUGGGUCGGAGCUCCGUCCCCACCAAAAAAUCUCAAUACACAACAAAAGUAAUGGCAAAGGACGCUAUUGCUUUGUUGGAUCACCUGGGCUGGAAAAAAGCUCAUGUUUUUGGUCAUUCGAUGGGAGGUAUGAUAGCUUGCAAGUUAGCAGCAAUGGUGCCUGAAAGAGUUCUAUCAUUGGCUUUACUUAAUGUGACAGGUGGAGGAUUUGAAUGUUUUCCAAAGUUUGACCGACAAACAUUGUCCAUUGCAAUCCGUUUCUUAAGGGCAAAGACUCCUGAACAAAGGGCUGCUGUUGACUUGGACACACACUACUCAAAGGAGUAUCUUGAGGAGUAUGUAGGAUCUGCCACAAGAAGAGCAAUUCUAUAUCAAGAAUAUGUGAAAGGAAUAACAGCAACUGGGAUGCAGUCUAACUAUGGUUUUGAGGGUCAAAUCAAUGCAUGCUGGACACAUAAAGUGACACGAACUGAAAUCGAAUUGAUCCGAUCUGCUGGAUUCCUAGUUUCAGUCAUUCACGGCAGGUAUGAUGUUAUUGCUCAAAUAUCUCAUGCAAGAAGACUGGCAGAAAAACUGCACCCUGUUGCUAGAAUGGUGGAUCUUCAUGGAGGGCAUUUAGUGAGUCAUGAGAGGACAGAAGAGGUUAACAAAGCUCUAAUGGAGUUGAUCGAGGCUUCAAAAUUGCAUAUGAAGCCACAUGAGUGGACAAAUUUGCCUAACAAAAGCUCUGGGUGGAUGCAGACGAGGUCAUCAACUAGCAGAACAAGUACUGAGGGAGGAAGCGGUGUGUCUUUCAUGUGUAACAUGUCAGAGAAGUUAUACCUUUGCCUAUUAUACUUCGUUGGUCUCUUUGCGUUGACAUUUGAUUUUGCAAAGCGGACUUUCAAAAGAAUAAAACCAGUUAGAGUCGGAGCUACUCUCACAUAAUCUUACAGCCAGUGAACCCCCUCAUUUACCGGGGUUCUUUCAUUAAUUUUUCAUCCUACUGAUGCAGCGUAUGAAUUUAAGCAGUUAUUUAUGAUGUUUACGGGACUUGAAGAACAAUUAUCUUCGUUAAUAGCACAAGGUUCCUUAGCUUUGCAUUAGGAGACAGAAAUGGGGAGAAAUUACCACAGCGCUCUCUGGACUCCGGUGGGGUUACCUUCACUUGCAAAGUACAAUGCUAACAUGAUGAGCCUUCACAGAUUACAGCUCCAAAGUGGAGAUGAAGGGCCAAACCAUUUCUUUUGUUUAACCAUUCUGCUUCUUUGACUGGGCAGAACAGAAAGCGUUCGGUGUAAUUAAUAUACCACCCAUCGAUUAAAACAUAAUUUAAUGGGAUUAUAAAGUCGAACCUGUAACAUUAUAGUUUUUGAGAUAUCAAUAUGAGUAACAAUAUCAAUAAUUGAAAAGGAAAACUUCAUUUAUUAAA